CCCCUCCACUUUCCUCGAAAUUGCAACUCCCACCUCAACUAUAAACUUCGGUUCGACAGUUCGGCACUCGACAAUCUCGCAGAGAGAGUGAAGCUGAGAUUGCAAUUUGCAAAUAUCCCCUCGAGAAAUCAUAAUUUGUUUUUCACUCCCUAAUCCCCCUCCAGUCCACCGCCCGCGAUGAGCGCCGCCGCGGAGGGGAGGCCGCCGGCGGCGGCGGCGGCGGGUGAGAUGGUGCGGGAGGCCACCGCGUGGUGCGCGCUGCACGGGCUCGUCGUCGGCGACCGCGCCGACCCUGUAACGCCUCUUCUCCUCCUAAUUUGGUUUCACAAAUCGCAAGCGCCUCCCUCUCGCCUCCAUGGAGAGCGAUCUGGAACAGUCCCCGGCGUUGGUUUGGUUCAUGCUCCUUUCUCUCUGCUCCCAACGCAUCUUCCAGAAUCUCAUUGGAGGCAGGCGUGCGAGUUGGCUCCUAUUUUUAACGAGCUUGUGGAUCGUGUUAGCUUGGACGGGGACUUCUUGCAAGAUUCUUUGUCUAAAACAAAGCAAGUUGACGAUUUCACUUCUAGGCUGUUAGAGAUUCAUAGGAAGAUGAUGGAAAUAAAUAAGGAGGAGAAUAUCCGGUUGGGGUUGCAUCGGUCAGACUAUAUGCUUGAUUCAGAGACCAAUUCUCUUCUUCAAAUAGAGCUCAACACUAUUUCAGCAUCUUUCCCUGGGCUUGGUUCCUUAGUAAGUGAGCUUCACAGGACCUUAAUUGAUCAGUAUGGACACUUAUUUUGUCUAGACUCCAAGAGGGUUCCUGGAAAUGAGGCAAGCAGUCAAUUUGCUAAAGCAUUGGCCAGAGCAUGGGAUGAGUUUAAUGUUGACAGUGCUGUAAUUAUGAUGAUUGUUCAGCCCGAAGAAAGAAAUAUGUAUGACCAGUACUGGCUCGCCAAACAUUUGAAGGAAUCACAUGGCAUAACGACUAUCAGGAAAACUUUGUCAGAGGUAGAGGCUGAAGGCCACGUUCUCCCAGAUGGAACACUUGUCAUAGAUGGCAAGACAGUUUCUGUGGUGUACUUCAGAGCUGGCUAUACACCAAAUGAUUAUCCUUCAGAAGCAGAAUGGGCUGCAAGGCUAUUGCUGGAACAAUCAUCUGCUGUAAAGUGCCCUUCGAUAUCAUACCAUUUAGUGGGGACCAAGAAGAUUCAACAAGAAUUAGCAAGACCUAAUGUUCUUGAAAGGUUUCUUGAAAACAAGGAGGAAAUCACAAAGAUCCGUAAAUGCUUUGCAGGACUAUGGAGCUUGGAUGAUGAAGAGAUUGUGAAAUCCGCAAUCCAAAAACCCGAGUUGUUUGUCUUGAAGCCCCAACGUGAAGGCGGAGGGAACAACAUAUACGGUAUUGAUGUACGAGAGACUUUGAUCAGACUCCAGAAGGAAGGAGGGGAUGCGCUUGCAGCCUACAUACUGAUGCAAAGAAUCUUCCCAAAAGCCUCUCUCUCUAAUCUGGUUCGUGGUGGUGUUUGCCAUGAGGCCCUCACAAUAUCUGAGCUUGGAAUUUAUGGUGCUUACUUGCGGAACAAUGAUAAGGUGGUUAUGAAUGAACAGAGUGGUUACUUGAUGCGGACAAAAGUUUCAUCGUCAGAUGAAGGUGGCGUUGCUGCAGGAUUUGCUGUUUUGGAUAGUUUGUACUUAACCGACAAGGCGAUGUAGACAUGAUUGUUGAACAUUUUCUCAGAUUUAGCCUGCUCAUUUCUGAUGGACAGCAAAUUCCAAAACAAGAACACAUUGUAUCGUGUUUCAAGUGUACUAUAUGCUUGAAGCUGAGGAGCAUUAUAGGCUUAUAGCUUCUCAUCUGAUUAUUUCCUUGGGACGUUAUGAUAAUUAUCCCUAUUUAUGCUCCCGAUAUGUAAUUUUGUACUACAAGGUGGUGUCUUCAGUUGGCAGUUUACUUUAGAUGUGGUGUUUGCAGUUUUUGAAUGGCAAUCCCAGUGAUGUUCUGCUGUCUA